GCAAGUGCCGCAACUUGCUCACAGCGGACGCACCAAGAUGGACCUAGACACGCCUGGGUCGCAGACGUCAUAGGCGCGCAAAGUUUCAUUGUAUAAGAGCGAUGCGUUCCCUCAUGCUGAUCCAACGAACCCUCAUCAACUACAGUGCAUUGCUCAGCUCACCACUAAGGUUAACCUAGUUAUACAGUCGAAAUGCCUUCACCAUUCGGUGAUCCUCCUAAGGCCGCGUCCCUCUUGGACUUUCAGCGUGUCCUCUCCCCAACCGCAGGCGUCCGAGUUUCCCCACUAUGUCUCGGAGCCAUGAACUUCGGCGAUGCGUGGCAAGAUAUGAUGGGGAAAUGCGACAAGAAGACCGUCUUUGAAAUCCUGGACUUCUUCCACAAACAAGGCGGUAACUUUAUUGAUACUGCGAAUAACUACCAAAACGAAGAAUCCGAAACCUGGAUCGGCGAGUGGUUGAAAGAGCGUAAUGUGCGCGACGAGAUUGUCCUCGCUACGAAAUUCACGACAUGCUUCCCUGACCCGCAUAACUCGCCACGCCAACGCAUCAAUUAUGCUGGUAACAGCACAAAGUCUCUCCGUGUCUCUCUCGAGGCCUCGCUCAAGAAGCUCCAAACCGACUACAUAGACCUGCUCUAUGUUCAUUGGUGGGAUUUUACUGUAUCGAUACCGGAGCUAAUGCAAAGUUUAAAUACAGCAGUACAAGCUGGCAAGGUUCUGUACUUGGGGGUUAGCGACACACCGGCUUGGGUUGUAAGUAAGGCGAAUGAAUAUGCCCGUAAUCAUGGCCUACGCGGCUUCUCCGUCUAUCAAGGCCGUUGGUCUGCUGCAGACCGCGACUUCGAGCGCGAAAUCAUCCCUAUGGCGCGCGAUGAGGGCAUGGCAUUGUGCCCAUGGGGCGCCCUCGGUGGCGGAAACUUCACCACAGAAGAGAAGCGCAAGAACAACGAGCAAGGCCGCAAUUUCGGCCCCACAACUGAAAAGCACAUCGCCGUGUCUAAGGCUCUCGAAUCCCUCGCCAACAAGAAGAGCACAGCGAUUACGAGCAUUGCACUGGCAUACGUAAGACACAAGUACCCGUACGUGUAUCCCAUUGUUGGGGGUAGGAAGAUCGACCAUUUGAAGGGGAAUAUUGAGGCUCUCGGGUUGCAAUUGAGUGAUGAAGAGAUUGACGAGAUUGACGGAGCAGUGCCUUUUGAGGUGGGAUUCCCGAUGAGCUUCCUGUUCGAGGCUGGCGGAGCUAAGUACAAGAGCACGAUGACGAGCUCAGAUGUUGGCCUUCUGAAGUUUGCUGGGCCGCUGGAGAGUGUGCCAGUGCAGAGGGGCCCGCAGCCGCAUCAGCUGUAAGAGAAUGAAAAAACCUUAGACCAAAAGUUAGUUGAAUAGAAGAUUACAAUCAGGAAGUACCUCCACAGAGCUAGCAAUAGCUCUCCUGGGGUGUAGGCGCUUUUGAAAUCUUAUACUACAUUGAUGAUGAAUUCUAGAAGACAAAUAAGGCGGUUCUUUAGUGCAUGGAAUUGUAUACAGUAUGCUACAUAGCGCAGAGCACAAGCCUGUUUAGUUAUACAUUGAAAUAGCACU